AUGGCACACCAGGGUCAGAGUAAAGAGAAAACACUACAGAAGAUGGUGGUCUCAGUUUCAGAUAUUCCACUGACACGAUGGGUCCAGCAAAGCAUCCUUGCAGUGUUGCUCCUGAACCACCUGAUGGAGCAGCUGGAGCAGGCCCUGUCUCCUCUGGAGUACAUGAUGAAGUGCUACCCAGAGAUCAAGGAGAAGAAGGCGGUGGCAAGCUUUUGACAAAAACAUAGCAGUACAUAAUGUGGUACAAAAUAAACUGCUGACCACCUGCUCCAGGUGAGUCCCAUCAGGAACCUGUCAGACGGUCAGAAGUGCUGCGUCUGCUUUGCCUGGAUGGCUUGCCAGAGCCCUCACGUGCUCUUCCUGGACGAGCCCACCAACCAAUUGGACAUCGAGACCGUCGACACGCUGGCCCACGCCGUCAACGAGUUUGAAGGAGGGGUGAUGUUGGUCAGCCAUGACUUCCGGCUCAUCCAGCAGGUGGCUCAGGAAAUCUGGCUGUGUGAGAACCAGACCAUCACCAAGUGGAACACGGACAUUUUGGCAUACAAGGAGCACUUGAAGGCGACAAUUGAUAAGCAGACGCAGGACGUUUAAAUGCCUAUGAACAGAAUUUCUGUGUCUUGCUCUUGCAAUAUUGCAUGCGUG